GUGACCCACACAAUGGCUGUGAGCCUACUCCGGGCUUCCCGGCAACGCGGCGUGAGAGCCAUGACGGCCGCCGCGGGUUCGGCGGGCCGGGCCGCCUUGCCCCUGCUGCUGUGCGCGCUGCUGGCGCCCGGCGGCGCGUACGUGCUCGACGACUCCGACGGGCUGGGCCGGGAGUUCGACGGCAUCGGCGCGAUCAGCGGCGGCGGGGCAACCUCCCGGCUUUUAAUAAAUUACCCAGAACCCUAUCGUUCUCAAAUAUUGGAUUAUCUCUUUAAGCCAAACUUCGGUGCCUCUUUGCAUAUUCUAAAAGUCGAAAUAGGUGGUGAUGGGCAGACAACAGAUGGCACCGAGCCCUCCCACAUGCACUAUGCAUUAGAUGAGAAUUACUUCCGAGGAUACGAGUGGUGGUUAAUGAAGGAAGCUAAGAUGCGGAACCCUAAUAUCACACUGAUGGGGUUGCCAUGGUCAUUCCCUGGAUGGCUGGGGAAACAUUUCAACUGGCCUUAUGUAAAUGUUCAGCUGACUGCCUACUAUGUCAUGUCAUGGAUUGUGGGUGCCAAGCGUUAUCAUGAUUUGGACAUUGAUUAUAUUGGGAUUUGGAAUGAGAGGUCAUUUGACAUUAAUUAUAUCAAGGUUUUAAGAAGAAUGCUGAACUACCAAGGUCUCCAGCGAGUGAAAAUCAUAGCGAGCGAUAACCUCUGGGAACCCAUUUCUGCCUCCAUGUUGCUGGACCCUGAGCUCUUGAAGGUGGUCGAUGUUGUAGGAGCUCACUACCCUGGUACCCAUUCAGUCAAGGAUGCAAGGUUGACAGGGAAGAAGCUUUGGGCGUCUGAAGAUUUUAGCACUUUAAAUAAUGACGCGGGCGCCGGCUGCUGGGGUCGCAUUUUGAAUCAGAAUUAUGUCAAUGGCUACAUGACUUCAACAAUCGCUUGGAAUUUGGUGGCCAGUUACUAUGAACAGUUGCCAUACGGACGCAGCGGCCUGAUGACUGCUCAGGAGCCCUGGAGCGGGCACUAUGUGGUAGAGUCUCCUGUCUGGGUAUCAGCUCAUACUACUCAGUUUACUCAACCAGGUUGGUAUUACCUGAAGACAGUUGGCCAUUUAGAGAGAGGAGGAAGCUACGUAGCUCUGACUGAUGGCUUAGGUAACCUUACCAUCAUCAUUGAAACCAUGAGCCAUAAACACUCUAAGUGUAUACGGCCGCUGCUUCCUUACUUCAACGUGUCCCACCAGUUUGCCACCUUCACCCUUCAGGGUUCUUUUAGUGAAAUACCAGAGCUACAGGUGUGGUACACCAGACUUGGAAAAUCAUCUGAGACAUUUCUUUUUAAACAACUGGAUUCUCUAUGGCUCCACGACAGCGGUGGCAGUUUCACAGUGGAGCUGCGCGAGGACGAGGUCUUCACACUCACCACUAUCACCACCGGGCGCAAAGGCAGCUACCCGGUGCCUCCGGAGUCCCAGCCCUUCCCACGCGUCUAUAAGGAUGACUUCAAUGUCGAGUACCCGGUUUUUAGUGAAGCUCCGAACUUUGCUGAUCAGACCGGCGUGUUUGAAUACUUCAUAAAUAUGGAAGACCACGGGGAGCAUCGCUUCACUCUGCGCCAGGUUCUCAACCAGCGGCCCAUCACCUGGGCUGCCGACGCACACAGCGCCAUCAGCAUCAUCGGGGAUUACAAAUGGUCCAAUAUGACUAUCAAGUGUGAUGUUUACAUAGAGACCCCUGAGAAGGGAGGUGUGUUCAUUGCCGGAAGAGUAAAUAAAGGUGGUAUCUUGAUUAGAAGUGCCAGAGGAAUUUUCUUUUGGAUUUUUGCAAACGGAACCUACAAAGUUACAGGUGAUCUGGCGGGAUGGCUCAUCUAUGCUGUAGGGCAAGUUGACGUUACCGUGAAGGAAUGGUAUACACUCACUUUAACUGUCGAGGGUCGCUUCUCGUCCGGCAUGCUGAACGGCAAGUCUCUCUGGUCAGACAUCCAGGUGAAUUUCCCGAAGAAUGGCUGGGCUGCGAUUGGGACCUACUCCUUUGAAUUUGCACAGUUUGACAACUUUUAUGUGGACGCUGCACCCUGAUAUUCACAGAGCACUGCAGAAUGCUCCUUGGAGUUUUAUUUCUUUCCUUUGUAAGGGUUUUGGUUCAGAGCCAAAACAAUUCUUAUUUUGAUGGAUCGACAUAUGAGCCUUUGGAAGCUAAAAAUAAUGAACAGUAAAUGAGGAGAAAAGAUAUUUUUACUUGAUCCUGUGGAAGAUAUUUUUAGAACGAAUUUCAAGGGGAGAAACAGGUGAAUCUUUCACAUCACCUGGUAUGUACCCUACAAUUCAAACAGUACAUUGACCCCAUCCUUAGGAGUGCUGUGGGGGGUCCAGACUGUGAAGCCUUGGUGUAAAUGCUAAGGCCACUCUCGUCAUCUCGUUUGCCAGCGAUCAUGUAGAUGGCAGUAACCUGAUCGUAUUUAUGGGUGCUGAUGUGCGUCUCAGUGAACAGAUGUCCUUAAGGUAAUGCUGCCGUGUAGGAAGCUGAAGAACACUGGAAAUGCUGCCUUUGGAAAACCACUUCAGCGUGCUAUUCUAAAAAGUAUUUCUUAUUUUCCUUUUUAUGAUGAUGCUUUUGAGUUAUAGAUAUGAUGGGUGGAAUGAUUUGAAAAAUGUCUCAUUAAUAAACUACCUCUAAAGCAAUAAUAAA